AUGUCUACCACGAACGGAACAACCAACGGCCAUGGGCUCGCGCCCGUUGCAACAGACUCCCGCUUCGACCCUCUCUUCACCCAACAUGUUAUCAAUGCCACCGGCCCCAAGGCCACGCCGCGCAUGCGCAAAGUGAUGGGCAGCUUGAUCAAGCAUGUGCACGACUUCGCUCGGGAGAACGAGCUCACGGUUGAUGAGUGGAUGGCGGGCGUCGAGAUGAUGAACUGGGCCGGCCGGAUGAGCAACGACAAGAGGAACGAGGGACAGUUGAUAUGUGAUGUUAUCGGGCUGGAAUCACUCGUUGACGAGAUAACGUUCAAGCUCGCCGCCGAAACCAACGACGCCGCCACCGCGUCCGCGAUCCUGGGCCCCUUCUUCCGCCACGACGCGCCUAUCCUUGCCAACGAGUCGUCCAUCGUGCAAGAUUUUCCCGAGGAUGGACAGAUGGUGUACAUGCACGGCAUUGCCACGGACUCGGUGACGAAGAAGCCUGUGCCGGGCGUGUGGAUCGAUGCGUGGCAAGCGAGCACGAACGGACUGUACGAGCAGCAGGACGACAACCAAAAGGAUUGCAAUCUGCGUGGUAAAUUCCAGACGGAUGAGAAUGGGUAUUAUGCGUUCUACUGUUUGCGACCAACACCGUACCCGGUGCCAAACGAUGGUCCCGCCGGCAAACUCCUCGAACUCCUUGACAGACAUCCUUUCCGUCCAGCGCACAUCCAUCUGAUCGCCCAAAGAGAGGGCUACAAGCCCGUCACAACCCAGAUCUUCGACAAGGAUGAUCCUUACCUCGAGAACGACUCGGUGUUCGCAGUGAAGGACACGCUGAUUGUGCAUUUCAAAGAGCUGAAGGGCAACCCGAAAGCCUCGCUGGAGCUGGAUUACCCCAUUGUCAUCGUGCCGCAGGGACAGAAGUCAUGA